CUGUCAUUAGAUCUCGUGAGAUCUCGCUAAGAAGUCUCACGAUACUUCCCCCACAGUGGCGGCUCUGUGGUCCCUCAUUCACUGCGAGCUGUUACUGUCGUUUGAAUGAAAAUAAACUGAACAUUUACAACCCAGAAAAUACAAUAGAAGGAUGGCUUCCGCCUUGGAGCAGUUUGUGAACAAUGUUCGGCAGCUCUCCGCUCAAGGUCAGAUGACACAACUCUGUGAGCUGAUUAACAAAAGUGGGGAGCUGCUUGCAAAGAACCUGUCCCAUCUAGACACUGUGCUAGGGGCUUUGGACAUACAGGAGCACUCACUCGGGGUUCUUGCAGUCCUGUUUGUAAAGUUUUCCAUGCCAAACAUCCCCGACUUUGAAACAUUAUUCUCCCAGGUUCAGCUCUUCAUAAGCACUUGUAAUGGAGAACACGUCAGAUAUGCAACAGACACGUUUGCUGGCCUUUGCCAUCAGUUGACAAAUUCUCUUGUAGAACGGAAACAGCCACUAAGGGGUGUCGGCAUUUUGCAGCAAGCCAUUGAUAAAAUGCAGAUGAAUACAAACCAGCUUACCUCAAUUCAUGCAGACCUCUGUCAAUUGUGCUUGUUAGCAAAGUGCUUCAAACCUGUCCUUCAAUACCUUGAGCUGGAUAUGAUGGAUAUUUGUAAAGAAAAUGGCGCUUUCGAUGCAAAGCACUUUUUAUGUUAUUACUAUUACGGUGGCAUGAUCUACACAGGACUAAAAAACUUUGAAAGGGCACUCUAUUUCUACGAACAGGCUAUAACCACUCCAGCUAUGGCUGUCAGUCACAUUAUGUUGGAGGCGUAUAAAAAGUAUAUUUUGGUCUCCCUGAUUCUCCAUGGCAAAGUUCAGCAGCUUCCCAAGUACACAUCACAGAUAGUGGGAAGGUUCAUUAAGCCUCUUAGCAAUGCCUACCAUGAACUUGCACAAGUGUAUUCAACAAAUAACCCAGCAGAGCUUCGAAACCUGGUAAAUAAACACAAUGAAACAUUUACAAGAGAUAACAACAUGGGACUCAUCAAACAGUGCUUGUCAUCUCUCUACAAAAAGAACAUUCAGAGGCUAACGAAGACCUUUUUGACAUUGUCCUUACAAGACAUGGCCAGUAGAGUUCAGUUAUCUGGGUCUCAGGAGGCUGAGAAGUACGUGCUUCACAUGAUUGAAGAUGGUGAGAUUUAUGCUAGUAUUAACCAGAAAGAUGGGAUGGUCAGUUUUCUCGAUAACCCCGAGAAAUACAAUAAUCCUGCCAUGCUCCACAACAUUGACCAAGAGAUGCUGAAGUGUAUAGAAUUGGAUGAGAAACUAAAAUCCAUGGAUCAGGAGAUCACAGUAAACCCACAGUUUGUACAGAAAAGUAUGGGAUCCCAGGAUGACGAUGUAGGAAGCAAAACAUCAAGUUAUUCAUGAAGCCCUCUGCAAUACGCAGCACUGGGAAUGACCACAAAGCAGUUCCCUUGAGAGUACUGCUGAGAAGGGUGGAAACAGUGUGUUUGGACAUCAUUAAAGAAAUCAGAACACAAAACAAACGCACACAAAAAUAUUGUAUGAAAAAGUUUGUCCGUGUUUUAUUUAUCGAUAUUCAGAUGCAAGCAUUAGUUGCUGCAUUAACAAAACAAGUGAAAUAAAUAAAAACUGGACUUUUUGUUCAAAUAAAUAAAGCUGUCUUUAUUUUAACGAGUAAUAUUGCUAUUUCUUUGCACUUGAUAUUCUUACUGUGUAUGAUCUGUCUAUAACAUAAACCAAUUGAACUGUGUAUUGAAGAAAGAAAUCCAAAACGCAUUUAUCCAUAGCUAAAUACACAAAUCCUUUGCUAGUUUCUGGAAGGACACUAUGCUGCACCUCUUCCUCAGGUAUACAGGAACCCAUGUUUAGCUCUUGUAUAAAAUGAAAAGGUAGCAUACCUUGGGGUGCAUCAUCUUGGUCUAUUUACUGUAUGAUUUUGUUUUCCAUCUGAUUAAAAGGCAAAAAUUAAUUUGAUUUUCCUUUUUUAACCUGGUUACUCCAAUAAUUGUAUCCAAGGUUUAACACGUCAACAUCAUACAUAUUUGGGUUCAGAUCACAGAAUGCCAGGUUUCUUGCUGUCCAAAAAAAAAAAAAACACA